UUACAACGCUGCAAAAAAGAAUUUGGAUAAUUGACUGCACGACUGUGCGCGUCGUACGACAUCACGGUGUGGACGCAUCGGAUUUUAUAGUAACGACGCGCGGCCCUGUCCAAAACACUCACCUUGCUGUAAUUGGAAUGUCCACAUGAGGCUGCUGAAAUUUCUGCUUCGUUAUUUCCCACCAGGUCUUGCACUGGAAUACACGCAAGGCGGUGACAUCAAGACGAAAAUGAUCGAUCUACUGGACUUGACUGCCGAAACGGACAUAAGAGCAUUAGCGGAGAGCAUAAAAGCAGCCGAACCUGUAAUAACCGAAAGUGUAAUGGACCAGUUAGUCGAGACUCUGCAGAAGCUGCAAGCUAAAGUUUGCGACACAAACGCCAAGCGCUACUAUAAAUACAAAACCUUGCAGACCCAUCUUUUGCCGGUCACUAACGUGGCGCUCGAUAAACUAGGUAAAAGAUGCUUGACGGGCAGCUAUGACCGAACUUGUAAAGUUUGGGACAUUGACAGUGGAACGGAGCUUCUUACUCUCGAAGGCCAUAAAAACGUGGUCUACGCCGUCUCCUUCAACAAUCCGACUUCGGACAAAAUCGUAACCGCGUCCUUCGACAAAACCGCGAAGGUCUGGUGCUCGCAGACGGGUCACUGCCUCGUAACCAUGUGGGGCCAUGAGGCGGAGGUGGUGGUGGCGACAUUUUCACCGACGGGAUGCAAGCUCGCGACCGGCUCCAUCGACGCGACGUCGAAAAUAUUCCACGUGGAGACCGGUCAGGAGUUGGGUACGUUGAGAGGCCACACGGCGGAAGUUAUUGCCCUGCAUUACAACGACGAUGGAAAUCAGAUCAUAUCAGGUUCCUUCGACGGGACCGUCAACAUCUGGGAUACAAGAAUUUUCGCGCGCACGAGCACGUUAGUCGGCCAUCGCGCGGAGUUGUCCAACUGCCUUUACAAUUUCGACUGUUCGCUGAUCGCGACGUCCUCGAUGGACAAGAGCGCGAAGGUAUGGGACACUAGGACAAACUCCUGCGUGGCCACUCUAUUGGCACACGACGACGAAGUUCUGGAUCUCGCUUUCGACAACAACGGCAGAAAGCUGGCGACCGCCAGCAGCGACAGCACCGCGCGUGUCUGGGACAUAAGUGGCAACUUCCAACAGCUGGCCCUGAUGCAGGGCCACCGGGAGGAAGUGUCAAAAGUGUGCUUCAGCCCGAACGGACAUCAAUUGCUGACCGCCUCCUUGGAUAGAACGGCCAGACUGUGGUCCACGGAGGACGGCAGUUGCCUUCAACAGCUGAAGGGCCAUACCGAUGACGUAUUCGCUUGCACGUUUUCGUACACCGGCGACAGCGUAAUCACCGCCAGCAAAGAUAACACCUGUACUAUUUGGAGAUGACUGGAUUGGUUCCAGGUGUGCGCCUAGCUUUUGCUCGUCGCCCUGUUUGUCGCUUACGUCAUGUAUUUUUACGUUCUUUAAACUCCUCGCGGAGACACGUACUAAAUGAGUACGUGUACUUCGGUUCUUCGACAAACAAAAUUUAGUGACGACGAGUGCUUUUGCGUUUCAUGUCAGGUAACGACUCGAGCGUGAAAAUUCGAACUGAUGACGGCGGAGAAGAUGUUGUAAACAGGUUAACGCGUGUCUACCGCACGAUGGACGUUUAAUUUACGAGUGUUACUCAAACCACGAACUAUUGACGAGUUACGAAUACAUUUGUUAAGUAGAAUAAAUUGCUAAUACAAGCGCCGCUUAUACUUAUCAACGUAGAUAACGAUUAAAUGCAGCAAACAGCGGAAUAUAUUUCCGCUUUGAACUCUGACAAAUCGAUAACGUUACUCGUACCGGACAAACGUUGCUCUGGAUACUCUCGUUCAAUAUUAAUUGUUUGUGACACUUAAUCGGUGUGUGUGUGUGUGUGUGUGUGUGUGUGUGUGUG